CACAGCCAGCAAACUCUGUAAGAUUCAUCUCAGGCGAGGACACGGUGCUGUCAUUCAUCGCUUCUCAUCGGAUAUUUUCCCCCUUUAUGCGUUAAUCCAAGGCUGAUACAAACAUUAAAAUACACAAUCCAGCUCGAAACAAAGAAAUGGAACUUUUCUGUCGAGUGGAUUUUAACAUCUUGUGAGCUUUCGCCUGGUCGCGUCUACAGCUCAUUUUUCUUCUUGGGACGUUUUAUUCUCUCUGAUGUCCACCUGUUACCGUCGGCUUCGGACCUGCAGACAGCCUCACCACGGAUCGUCACACACACGAAGCUACUGCUGAGAUGGCCCGGGCAGAGACCAUCGAGACCACUGGAGAAAGUGGAGGAGGAGGAGGAAACAGCCCUCUUCCUAAUGCCUACUGUAUGCUGCCUUGCCCCCUCCUGGCCCCGUCCUGGCCCAGGCUACUUUCCAGUACUACCAGCAGCAUCAGCACUGGGCCUCACUUUGGUGCCAUGCAUCUCCACCAUAACAACCUGGACUCCUUGCAGGCCCUCUACUUGUCAUACCCGCUGCCUUACCACCACCCAGAAGGCCAGGAUCAGCCCCAGACUCAUCAGCAGCUACCUGCUCUGUCAUCAUCACCAGUGUCCCCUCUUUCACCACUCUGCACCAGGGGAGGUGAAGACAGAGCUGGCCCCAGUGACUUAUCAGCAGAGCAGUCAGGUUUGAAAAGGGAGGAGUAUCAGAGUCCCUCCAGCCGACAGGGAGCUCUGCCCGAUCUGCUGCCCCGAAAUGAGCAACCAUCCCGGGCCUCACCACCAGCACAGUUGGUGCAGGAAAUGGAGAUCAGGAGAGUGGCCAACCAGCUGAGGAUGAUUGGAGAUGAAUUCAAUGCCACAGUCCUUCGUAGAGCACACCUCGCCCCCCACUGGCAAGACUGGAGAGACGUCUGCAGAGCACUCCUCAACUUCAUCACCCAAACGCUCAGCACUCUCUACAGGCUCACGUAGACCUCCGCUCUGCACUUUACCCCGACGGGCUGCUGGACUUUUGUCCGUUUGAUCCUGGAGAUGCAACACAGCCUCAAAACAAACAUUUUGCUACACCAAUAGAAACUGGAGGGUUGAGAUCGGAAGCUAGAGGUGUCGCCGCCACUUGAAGGCUGAACCCGGAAGAUGAUCCCUCUGGAAACUGGACUCUGUCUUUCUGUCUGACAUUCUGUCCGUCAGUCUGCUGGUACAGACUGUAGCUGAUAGUGGCUACCUGUAUAUUUUGUAAAAGGAUUGUUUUUGUCCUUGUUACGUCUCGGGGGUUGGCUCUUUAUGUAGCAGGUGUGUGUGAGUCAAUGCGUGCACGUAUGGAAGACUUGGGUCAAAUAUGCUGAGAAUAACUGUUUCCAACAACGUUUUCAGAUUUUUCGUUUAGCUGUAACAUCGGCCACCAUAACUCAACCCCUCUCAUCUGAUUUGACCCUUUUCUAACGUGUGUUUUGCCGUUGUGUCUUUAUUGUGCGACCUGUGAAUUCGUUCUUAGAAACUGUGAAACUGGACCCUGUGGUUGCAUCGCAGGGAAAUGUCAGGUGUGAUUCCACUCUGGAGCAAAGCACAGAGCGAACCUCUCAACCAAUCUGAAAAUGCUUUAUUUCAUCAUUCAACGUGCCUUUCUGCUUGAUGCUCCGCUGAGGCUCAGUCUCCAACACCGCGACAAUCAGCCACACACACAUCCAGGCAAACACAUGCUCUUUUACGUUUAUUCGCAGACACUACAUUUGAAUGUCAUUUGAAUUUAAAUCCAGUGGAUUUGAGAAGGUAUUCAAUGAGUUGGAGAAAAGAUAUAUUUGAUUGGGAUCACUAAAUUUUUAAAAAGUAUAAGACGAAUCUUCUAAAGUUAUCCCUUUUGUUUGUGCGAUGAUUUUCUUUAUAGUUUUAAGAGAAAAUGUUGAUGUCAUUUGAAUGACAUUCAAAUGUUCCAGCUUAAGUUCAUCAGACACACACACACACACAUACACUCUGGUAAUUGGCAUGUUCAGUUCUCGGCCAGUGUUGGGAGCUGGUAUGGUUUCACUCACCCAUGUCACAUGUGUUCAUAGUUGCUUGAUCAACUGUAAAUAGUCUUUUGGAAGACAAGUCCUUGUUAUCCAGAAGUUUUGAUGGACUUUGAAAGUACUUUUCAGUGUGUUUAAGAGAUGUUUUUGUAUUUCUGAGCAGCCCUCAGCAACAGUAGAGCAAAUCUGAAUUUAAAUCCAGUGGAUUUGAGAAGGUAUUCCAUAAGUUAGAGAAAAGAUAUAUUUAAUUUGGAUCAUUAAAUUGUUAAAAAAACAAAAAGUGUUAGAGGAAUCUUGUAAAAUGGCCCCAUUUGUUUGUGUGAUGAUUUUCUUUGUAGUUUGAAGAGAAAAUGUUGAUUUGCUCACAUUAAGAGUGUAAUUUAUUUUUGGGAAAGCAUAGCCUAUCUGUAGCUCCUUGAAGUUUUUUUUUCAUUUAUUAUGUAAAUUAUUUAUUUUUUUCUUACAUUCCUAAACAAAACUAUGAUUUAAGCUGUACUUAAACUGAGUUGUAACUGUUAAAACAGAAUUCGGAUAAGAUGGGAGCUAAAGCUGUUUUUGAUUAAAUCACUUUUAGAUCUGGAAAGUGGCAGAUCCGGUCUCACCCACUAUAAUAAAACUGGCUAAAUCAUUUAUAAUGGUACUGUGCUUUAAAGCAGUGGAUUUAUUGCCAUCAAAAGCUUUAAUCAUAUCACACCAUCUACCAUGUUUGGUGUCAAAGAACCUCUUGACAAACUAAAAGUGAUAUGUUUGAUGCAUAAUAUUAGAUAAUAUGGAAAAGCACCAAAAUUCUCUUUUAGGUCCUUUCAAGCACAAAACUCAGAAAUCAGUAUACUUGAAGUAUAACAGCUCAAAAUGACUGAACUAAAAACCUUCUGUAAUAUCAGGUUUUGUUGUACAACUCUCUGGGUUGUGAGACUUGGGAUUAUGGUGGAGUUGUUGGCGCUGAACAUUCAUGUACUGUAACAUACUUCAGAUUCACAUAUUUCAACAUUUAUUGCUGGAAAUGUGACAUCCAUCAGGUGUUUGUUUUUUUUGCCAUACAUGACGCCACUCUCACUGCCUUAGUUACGCUGUUUGUUUUCUGUUUUCAACGUUUUAUGUAUAAAGUCAUGACAAUGUUGCAGCCUGUAGAUGUUCAGCAGAGAUCCAACAGCUAACAUGGUACACACCCGUUUACUGCUUGAACUUGAACUGACAAUUCUCAAGCAGUUUUGCCCUGUUUGGCAUUAUUCACUCUGCAGGUUGCUCUUUUCCUGGUUGUUUUCCUUAUGAGAGGCACUUCCUGCUUCAGCGCUCGCCUCUUUCCUAUCAGCGGAGCUCAGUGUCAGUCACAUGCAGUGUGUAUUUGCUGUUUCUCAGCUUUUUACUGUUGUAAAAUUUCUACAUGAAUUUUGUAUUUUUCUUUUUUAUACAAUAAAGAUAAGAAUAAAUGUA